CCCGACAGCGCGCGCGCGCGCCCUUUCGUAUGUGUGUCAAACUGCGCAUGCGCCUCGCAGCCAAUCACGGGCGUCACACCGCAGCGAUUGCGGAUCUGACAAGUCUGCGGCAGCGCUACCAGACUUGGAGGGGGGACAAGGCAGAGGGAUGGACUCCCGGUACCGAGAGGGACACGGGGGCCGAUCCUAGUGACGCCUCGGCGGCCAGCAUGUCCCCUAAUCCAGUCUGACUGCAGCCCUCCUCCCUCCCGAGGGGACCACAAUGGCACCCUGGUGAGUGGAUGCACACACUGGACAGUCAUUCACAGGAUGCCCAUCGAGAACCGGGCCAGGAAGACGCUCCGGAACUGCUCCCGUCCUGCGGUGCCGUGGACCCGACGUUUUAUAACCACCCUCCUGGUGUCAGUGUACGAUGGAGAGCUCCAACGGCUCUGACACCAGACCCAGCCAGCACCAGCCGGAGAAGAAGAGACCGAACCGGGUUUCCUCCCCGGCCAGACCGUUCCUGAAGGAUGUCCACGCCUGCUCAGCCAAGCCGCCAACUAUCGGACCCAAAUCCUCCAAACUCAGCAAGCAGCUGCAAGCUCCGAGCCGCGGCUCCAGACGUAACAUCACCCCGGUCAAAGAGAAGCCUGCCGCGGCCAGGAGCAGCACCAAGGCCGGAGGGACCAAGCCCAACAGGCUGCUCCAGCAUGGCACACCGGCCGCCGGCAGCCCCGUCUUCGCUAAGGCCAAGAAGGGGAAGCUCAUCCCCAUCAGCCAUGGUUCCCCUGUCAGGGUACCGACCGGAUUCCUGGUUACCCAGACUGACAGCAGCUCGGACCUUUCGGAUUGCCCGUCCGAGCUGGCGCCGGCGGCUAGCAGCGACGCAGAGUCCGGGACCGGCUCCAGUGACCGGGAUCACCUGGGAGCGGACCUCCCGGCGAUGCAUGUUGCAGCCGCAGUGAACACAAGCGAGCCGAAUCCGGUUCCCAAGGGGUCAGCAUGUCCCGUCCAGUCCGGUCCUCGGGUCACUGUAGAGAAACCCAAAGCCACGACGAGUGCACAAGGAGGAGGCAAGUGCGGCACCGACGACGACCUGCUGAGGGAGAUUGAGGACUUGAGAUCUGAAAAUGAUUAUUUGAAGGACGAGGUGGAGGAGCUGCACGCCGAGAUGGAGGAGCUGCGCGACACCUACAUGGACGAGGAGGUCUACCAGCUGCAGGAACUGCGGCGCGAGCUGGACCGCUCCAACAAGAACUGUCGCAUCCUCCAGUACCGACUGAGGAAGGCCGAGCAGAAGAGCCUGCGGGUUGCACAGACGGGCCACGUGGACGGAGAGCUCCUGCGCAGCCUGGAACAGGACCUCAAGGUGGCCAAAGACGUGUCCGUGCGUCUCCACAACGAGCUGGAGAGCGUGGAGGACAAACGCAGCCGGGCCGAGGACGAGAAUGAGCAGCUCCGCCAAAGGAUCAUCGAGGUGGAGAUCUCCAAGCAGGCGCUGCACAACGAACUGGAGCGUGCCAAAGAGACUGCACCAAAGCGACGAGGGAUCUCCUUUAAGGACAAGAAAUCUACUAACCAGGAAGACAGUGCUGACCUCAGGUGUCAGCUCCAGUUCUCCAAAGAAGAAUCAAGCCUGAUGCGUAAAAAGAUGGCCAAGCUGGGCCGGGAGAAGGAUGAACUGGAGCAGGAGCUGCAGAAGUACAAGUCGGUUUACGGCGACGUGGACAGUCCGCUCCCUCUGGUCGAGUGCUCCAGCGGCGGACCUCACUCCACGCGGGAGGCAGAGCUGCGACUGCGCCUCAAACUGGUGGAAGAAGAGGCCAACAUCCUGGGGAGGAAGAUCGUGGAGCUGGAGGUGGAGAACCGCAGCCUGCGGGCCGAGAACGAGGACAUCCGCUGUCAGUACGAGCGGGACUGCUUCGGCCGGGAGCCCUUCUCCAGCAUGCCUUCGUCGCCCUACGGCGGCGACGUGCUAGAGUCUGCCGGCGAGCUCCGACGCCACCUCCAGUUUGUGGAGGAGGAAGCAGAGCUGUUGCGUCGCUCCAUCUCUGAGAUCGAGGACCACAACAGGCAGCUCACCUCCGAGCUCAACCGCUUCAAGUUCGGGCCGAAUAGCGGAUCAGCCAGCGAGGAUGGCAGUGAUGGAGGACUCUUUAAAACAGGCAAUGGCUCCAACGGAGGGAUGAUGAUGGAAGAGCUGAAAUCCGCCAGGAUGCAGAUCAACGAGCUGAGUGGAAAGGUGAUGAAGCUGCAGUAUGAGAACCGGGUCCUUCUGUCCAACGUCCAGCGCUGUGACCUGGCAGCACACCUGGGCCUGAGAACCGGCAGCCCUCGAGACAGCGACGUCGACAGCGACGCAGGCCGUCGCGAGGCCGCCGAAGACGAGGAGGCAGGACGCCUCCUUCUCCUCCAGCCAAAGAGAGAAGGCCCCAUAGGAGGGGAGAGCGACUCUGAAGACCUCUUUGAGAAAACCACCACCACCUCAGGGUUUGGAAGUGUCCGACCUUCUGAUGGCAUUGAGCUCAGCGCCACAGAACUGGCCAACCGCCCCAGAGAAGAGCGGGAGUCCUUCGCCAACGUGAAGCGGGAAGCCGACAGACUUGGGAAGUCUGUGGACCGCCUGAUUACCGACACGGACAGUCUGAUCCUGGACGGCGAGCUAGUAGUGACGACGGGGGAAAGUCCGAACAGAGGAGCUGCGGACCCCCAAGUCCUGGACACAAUUAACACGCGUAUGAAGGCUUUCCGCACCGAGCUGCACAUCUUUGUGGAGAAGCUGGAACACGUCGGGGAAGGACUUCGGGAAAGGACGGAUGACCUGUCCCCGAUGCCGAACCUGACCGAGUCCAGCAGCUUCCUGUCCACCGUCACCUCCAUGUCUCGAGAUUCUCCCGUCGGCACUUUCGGGAGAGACCUGGUGACGGACUUCCAGUCCGGUCAGAGGGAUGAGCUGGAGUGGCGUGUAGGACAGAAGCGAGGCGUGGAGCCCCACAGCCAGGGUGGGAGCAGGGGAGCUGCCAGACUCAAUAGGUACCACGGGCCCCUGGUUUUAAGAGCAGAGCUACGGGAGGCGCCCACUGCUGACGCGCACCAGCAUCGUGCGGAUCACGAGCGAAGGAUGAGAGUAGCGUCAGACGAACGGGAAACUGUCGCCUCGCUGCCGCAGGAGGAAAAGCGCCCACAUCCCGAGACGCAGCAUGCAGUUCUGCAGCUGCCAGGCCUUCAGAGUCCGGAGUCUCCCUGGGCUCAGGAGAAGGCGGCGCUGCAACAAGAGGUCCGUCUCUUCAGACGCAACACGGCCAUCUUCUACAUGAAGCUCAGGUCCAUCCUGGCGCAAUGGAGGCUCGGACGCAAAGUCGAGGCACUCGACGAGGGCGCGCAGCCAGAGUUGGGGGAUGUCUCCGAGCUGAGAGGGGUGAUGCAGCAUGGCGAUGGCGACGGGUCCAAACCUGCGUCACCUGAUGCACACCUGCCGCACCAACAACAGGUGAUCACACGUUUUGGAAUAGUUCUAAAACUGUAUGACUUACCCAUCAAAUACAAUUAUUGUGAUUCCUGUCUGCAGUUCGAUGAGAACCGGCGAAUGCUUCAGGCGCUGCGCACCCUCCUGGAGCAGUUCCGGGAGGAGCUGCGUGAGGAGGAGGCGCAGCGCGGCCAACUGCAGCAGGCCUACGCCAACGACAAAGCCGCCUGGGAGGUCAAAUGGGCCGAGAUGAAGUGCCAGUUAGCUCAGGCAGAGGACGAGGGGCGAGGCAAAGUGAGAGGCCAAGCCCAGGGAGGCGAAGGAGAAUCGCCCCAAGAACCCGAUUGGGCCCUUAAACAGGAGCGAGAGGAGCACCGGAGCCUGCUGGCUGAAAGUCACAACAUCUCGCUGGAACUCCGCUGGAGGCUGCAGCACGGCGAGAAGAGGUGGAGCCGCGAGAGGGCCGAGCUCCUGGAGCAUUUCGAGCACCAGAGGCAGGAGUGGGACGGCGGCACUCGGGAGCUCCACCAAAAGAUUGAGAAGCUGCUGGGAGAUCAAAACAGUCGGCGAGGCGAGGGCACCGAGGACGCUAGCUCAGUCCACAGAGGACAAGACACCCCCUGUAGUGGUCUGCGCUCGUCCGCCCCUGUGUUGAUCCCGCCCGUCUGCUCCCUCUCCGACUCUGACGCCAAACUGGAGGAGCAAAGAGGGGGCGCCAUGCGGCUGAGAAGCCCAUCCAAAAUCCCCUUCAUGGACGCUCUGUCUCGAGAUCCUCUCAGCAGCCUGGAGGCCCCUCCGCCCUCCAGACUGGAGAGUGAGAAGAGGUUCCCCUGCAUUAAGGAGUCCCUGGAUGUGCUUUCAGAGAGAGAAGGGCCUCAUGAGUCGUACCCUGACGAAGAGAUGAGCGGCGGCAGUUUGCUAAGAGCCAAGUCAGUGUGCUCCAUGAGCGACUUCCAGCGUCUGAUGGACAGUUCGCCAUUUCUGCCUGACAAGAUGCGUCACGAUGAGCGAGGCCAAGACGACGUCACCCCGCCCCUCUCCCCGGAUGACCUCAAGUACAUCGAGGAGUUCAACAACAAGGGCUGGGACUUCCCCAUAUCCACCGCCAGCCCGGGUCCCGCUCAGGAGGCAUGGAGUGGCAAAACCCCGGAAACGCGAGCAGGAGAGCCAGUUAUGGAUUCCCUACAACCAGACUCCUGGUUCCUCACCACCAGCGCCACCAUGCUGGCCACUACCAGCAUCCUGACCAGCCCUGAGGUUUUUAACAAGUCUCCAAUGAGUAGCACUGGGGCCGGCGUGGUGGCGGACAAUUACGAGUUCCACAUCCGCCACAGCCCAACCAGACCUGGACCAGAUGAGCAGCCCAUAGAGGAGUCUGACAUGCUCUAUGCAAAGGGAGGUAAAGGGAGAGAUGGGAUUGAGGCACCCAGUGGUCCAGAUGAGGUGUUCCCCAAUGGGCGGUGGCCAUGUGGCCUUCUGGAGGCCGGCAGCUUAAGGACUCCUCCGAGCCAGUCUCCUAUUUGCUCCACAGUGGGCUAUGCCUCCUCACUGGAGCUGCAGUUGGCUCGGAAUAUGAGUGAUGACAUGAAGGAGGUGGCCAUAUCUGUGAGAAACGCGAUCCGUCCUCUACCGGGGCCCGUGGUCCGGGACACGGCCUGCCAGACCAAUGGUUUUACCACACGAGGCACUCAGACCACGCAGACUAUAAGCGUAGGUCUGCAGACUGACCUCCUGAGGAACCUGACCAGCAGCCCCCACCGCUGCCAUACCCCAAAAGGGGGCAGCACUCCCAUCUCAUCGCCAUCACGGAACACGAGAAAGGUCCAGUACUCGCCGGUCAUCCAGAGUAAGUUUGAGCGGCCCUGCUGCUCGCCAAAGUACGGCUCACCCAAACUUCAGCGCAAGUUGUCCACAUCCAACAAGGCGGAGCUACCCAACGCCAGCCGUGCUGCCACCCCUACAACCCCCCAGAAGGGCAACAGCGAGUCGGCGUGGGCCAGAUCCACGACCACACGUGACAGCCCGGUCCACACCACCAUCAACGACGGUCUCUCCAGCCUCUUCAACAUCAUCGACCACACCCCCGUUGUCUACGAUGCCAUUCAGAAGUUCAACAAGUCACCCAGCCGCUCUCACCCUACGCCGCCCCCCGCCACAGAGCCCAGCUCCGCCCCCGGGGCUCUCGCCACUGACCCUAGGAAUGAAUACACACGGACCGCCAGGGGGCGCUCACCCAGCCCCGUACAGCUGAUAGUAGAAACGCAGGGUGACCGGAAUGUGGAGGUGGUGAGCAUUCGUCAGGACCUGUCGGCGCCCCCGGGGUACACGUUGGCCGAGAACGCGGCUCGCAUCCUCAACAAGAAGCUGCAGGAGCAGACCUUCCAAGACGAGAAGAGGAUGCAAGCCGGAAGCCCGGGAAGCAUAGAGAUCUUUGGGAUGGUUCUUGUCAGCAUGCAGUUGUUCAUCAGGUCGAGGAUCCAUUUCCGUGUCAGAGGUCCAAAGUGUUUGAUCUCAACAGUGAAAAUGUUGUCCUGGCCGAUGUCUUAAGGAUGCAACACGUUACGUUGAGCCAUCCAUCUGGAUUGAAUCACAGAAGAAUGAAACCUUUAAUGAGCCCUCGUACGAGUGCUGCCGAGGCUUGUCGAGCGGUCUUAGCGCUACAGUGACGAAAACAAACUACACUGAAACCGGGAAGACGCAGAGAAAGAAAACUGGAAUCCCUGCAAAAAGGAGACGUACGGUAGACGAUCAGCACUGCAAGGAAAGAAAGGGGGGCCGUGGCCACGUGAGCUUUUAUAGUUCUUGUACUUGUUUUCUGCUUCUGCAGUUCUUUGUGUUAUAAAUGUUCUAUAUAAUGUAUUUUGUGUUACAUACAUUUUCCAAACCCGUUUUCAUCAACACUUAACUGUAUUUAUUUUGCUUCUUGCCAAGUUGUUUCCAUGAAAAAUGUUCGUUACAGCAUCAGGAAGGCAUUUUAAAAGAUCUGGUAGAUAUUUGUUACUGGCAGACCACUUGUAGUAAUAUUAUCAAAAUCUUUAGUGAAGAUAUUAUCAAUAAGUGUAGCACAGUUACUUGUUAUUCUGCUUGGCCUUGUUUGGGAUAAAAACUCAUGCUAAACAUGUGUCUGUAAAGUCUUCAAAUGGCUUUUACUUGUUAGGGUUUAAGAGGUCAGUUGAAGUCACCACAUAAGAAAAUUACUUUUUGAUGGAUUUCUGUGAAGGUUGUCUUAAUCCAGUAAUUUCGGCCUUGAUUGAGGUGCUAUAUAUAUAUACACACAACUGAUCAAUAUGUUUGCUUUUCAUG